UUGUUCCUUUGAUGUUGCCUGAUCUGCUGUGCUUUUCCAGCACUAGACUCUUGAGUCUGUAAUGGAUAUAAGCCUAGCCUGACCAACCUUCCCUCAUAAGACAAUCACCCAUUCCAGAAUUGUAUGACGACACAUGCAGAGGCACGCAAUCGUUUAAUAAACUGAAUCGUAUAAAACGCUGGUGAUGUAUCGCUCGAUGUGCAAUAAAUUGAUACAUCUCUAGUAUGUUUGUAUCAAGUCCAAGGGCAUCGAACAACUUCAGAGCUGAACGAUGACAGGGAAAAAUACGCGUAUUACCUGUUUCUGCAAAAGUCGGUUCACCGGCCAGUGGAUUCGAGAGAGAAAAUAAAACCCAAAAUUUCACCCCCGCCCCCUGCAGACAUAAACACUGCUCGACUGAACAUUUCCGGUUAAACACUGUCCCAUUAUCAAGGAGCAAGGAAUGCAGCAGAUAACCGCUAGAACAACAUUGAGUUAAUAGCCAACUCGGAAAGCUGCGCCCUGGUUCGAAUAUUUGAUUUGAAACGGAUGUAAUGACUCCCAAAGACAAUAUAACUCCGCGUCUAAAGCAUCUUAAACGCAUGUAUCCGAAAUUUUAGAAUUAAAAUAGAGUGGUUCAUGAACUUCGAGGGAGAAAACAAAACUUCAGCGCCGUAGCGGAGUUCUUUUAGCUCUGUCACAAAGAGCAAGGGGGACAAAAACGAUUCAAGCAACGAAUCUAAACAUUUAUUUUCCCUUGGAAAUGUGCCACCGCCACAUGCAUACACAGAGCAGCCAGACUGAUGAAUGGGGAGGAGUGGAGAGUGCAGCAAAAAUCCCCGCCUCCGCUGUGCGCAAAUGGAACGUUGUGUCGGUCGUCUGGGUUGUCAAUCAGUUUUGCAUUCUAUCGGUUCACUAUGCGCUGGACAAUGGGAGCAUUUUCAAUGGAGCAGGGAGUGGGAUUGCUGUGGAGUGGCUGCUUGCUGCUGGAGUGGCUGGCGGUGGCGGGAGCGGCGGGCAGCCUGCUGCUGGACACUGGCGACAUGCACUCGAGCUUCGUACACCGGCGCCUGAAGCAGCACGAGAAGAGGGACAUGCAGCGGGAGAUCCUCUCCAUCCUGGGGCUGCCCCACCGGCCACGGCCGCAUUCACACGGCAAGCAGGACUCGGCGCCGCUCUUCAUGCUCGACCUGUACAACGCCAUGUCCAGUGGCGGCAGCGGCGGCGAAGAGGAGGAGGAAGAGGAGGACGGCGAGGGCUUCUCGCACCGCUACAGAGCCGUGUUCACUACGCAGAGCCCGCCGCUGGCCAGCUUGCAGGACAGCACCUUCCUCAACCAGGCCGACAUGGUCAUGAGCUUUGUGAACUUGGUUGAACAUGAAAAGGGCUUUGCUCUCUACCAACCACAUCACCAAGAGUACAAAUUUAACCUGUCCCAAAUUCCAGAAGGAGAGGCUGUCACUGCAGCAGAAUUUCGGAUUUACAAGGAGUGGGUGAGAAGGCAUUUCGAAAAUGAAACAUUUCAGAUCAGCAUCUACCAGGUGCUCCAUGAGAAUAUCAACAGUGAUACGGAUCUGCUCUUGUUAGAUACUCGGACUGUUUGGGCCUCUGAAGAAGGCUGGCAGGUUUUUGACAUUACAGCGACAAGCAAUCUGUGGGUGAUGAGCCCACAGCACAACCUUGGGCUCCAACUUCACGUGCAGAGCAUUGAUGGACAAGGUAUCAACCCCAAAAUGGCAGGUCUGAUUGGGCAACAUGGACCUCAUGACAAGCAGCCCUUUAUGGUGGCUUUCUUCAAAGUCAGUGAGGUGCACAUUCGGACAACACGAUCAGUUACAAGCAAGCGCAGGCACCAUGGCCGCACCAAAUCUACAUCCGUUCAAGAGUCGCCCAGAGCAGCAAGUUUAACUGAAUACAACACCAGUGAUCAGCGACAAGCUUGCAAAAAGCAUGAACUGUAUGUGAGUUUUCGGGACUUGGGAUGGCAGGACUGGAUAAUAGCACCUGAAGGUUAUGCAGCAUAUUACUGUGAUGGCGAGUGCUCAUUUCCUCUUAAUGCACAUAUGAAUGCAACAAACCAUGCGAUCGUACAAACACUGGUCCACCUCAUGAACCCAGACUACAUUCCCAAGCCCUGCUGUGCUCCCACUAAGCUGAAUGCAAUUUCAGUCCUCUUCUUUGAUGACAGCUCAAACGUUAUAUUGAAAAAAUACAGGAACAUGGUGGUCAGAGCAUGUGGCUGUCAUUAAAAGGACAAGAAAGUUCAUCUUGACCUGAAACUACUGGAGAGUAACUAUAUCCUGAGUGCAUAGCGAUAUACAUCCUGGAGCAAUACCUCUGUAAAUAAUGUUUACAAUUUUUUUAAAAAGUUUCUACUUAAAAAGGCUUUUGUAAUAUAUUUUGUACAAAGUUUUCAUAAGAAAUGUAAUUUAUUUGUUUUGGGGUUUUUAUGGUAACUGUGUUUUUAACUAGGGGCUGUAAUGAUGAUGCUAGCAGCCACUGGCUUUUAAGAUGGUAGAAGACCAGGUGCAGGGUUCAGGAGAAACUUCGGUUACAGUUUUACAGUUCUAAAUUUGAGC